CAAACACUCAGCAUGGCAUCUGCAAGCUCUUCGCAGUCAACAUUCAGGCUGGGCCGCAGUAAGAAGAACCCAACUGUUAUGGAUCAGAUCGGAAAGUUCUUUGGAGGGGAUAAAAAGAAGAAGGGAAAGGGGUCUUUUCGUGGUGGUUUGUCUGCAUCACCUCAAAGAUCGAGCGCAUCUCCUCGUCGCCGUCCAGAUGAGAAUGCUGUCAUGCACUUUUUCAGAACCAUUGUUUCUCCCUCUACCCCCAAAUCUAGGAGAGAGCAGAAAUCACAGAGCUCCACCAAAGGCCAGAAGGGACGUGGAGAUACCUUAACCCGGAUCUUCAAAUUGGGCGGAAGCCAGUCUGCUUCAUCUACCAAGCGUUGAAACCUCAUUACCCACUCAAAGAUAAAGAGGAUGAAAAGGAUGGAAAACGAAUGCAAAAAAGUUUUUUUAUUUUUCUAAUACAGUAACAUUGACUUGAAAAGGCUUUUGCACUGUUACAACGCAAUCGGUCUUCUGAAUUAUUCCUGUUUAGUCUUGUCAAACAUGUAUUGACAUAGUUGUGUAUGUUUGAUCUUUGAAAUGGUUUUGUCUUGUCUCUGUAGCAUCAACACUCACCUCUACACAGCUUAAGUGUAACCAGUACCUCUCUUAGCAUGUUGUGUAUUAGACCUCAAAUGUGUUUUCUGCACCUUUUAUAUGUUGAUGAACAGUCUUCUCCAUACAGUGUGAUGGGGUUUGCCAGGAGGUAGUCUGCAUCCCAUAAUGCAUAACUUGUGUUCUGAAAUCCACAAUGUAUAUUAUACUUCCAAACACAAACUGUUCUUUAAAUGUUUGUUUGGAUCCAGAGAUUUCUAAUGAAUUUGGUAACCAUAGAUUGAGUUAGUUUGAGUAUGACUGAUUCUGUGUCCUUUGGUCAUCAUAGUUUGAGCCUUCCUUUUCUAUUCAUGCAAAACAAAUGGAAAAAGGGGUCUUAUUUAAACUAAAGAAUAUUUGAUGUCUUCUGUGUUUGUUACACCUAAUUAAUGGCGACAAUUAAAAGUUUGAAACUUU